AUGACAACAACCUACGGCACGAUCCCAACCUCGGGGCCUCCGAACCUGGAAUACAUAUCGCGCGCCAAGCAGCGGAUCAAGGCGGGGUUGGGGACGCGGCGGCCGUGGAAGGCCAUGCUGAAUUUCCGGUCGCUCAAGGUCCCCGGCCGCGGCGCGGCGGAGGCGCUGUCGCGCGUGGCGGUGAACGUGUCGUACUUCCGCAUGAACUACGCAAUGGUGGCCCUGCUGAUUCUCUUCCUGAGCCUCCUCUGGCACCCCAUCUCGCUCAUUGUCUUCCUUCUCCUCAUGGCGGCAUGGCUCUUCCUCUACUUCCUCCGCGACGAGCCCCUUAUCCUUCUCGGCCACCUCGUUGAUGACCGCCUCGUGCUCGUCGCCAUGGCCGUCCUCACAGUAGCACUGCUGCUGCUCACCGACGCCACCGUCAACAUCCUCGUGGCGGUGGCCGUCGCCGUGGUGGUGGUGGUGGCCCACGCCGCGUUCCGGAGGACGGAGGAUCUGUUCUUGGGGGAAGAGGAAGAAGCUGCCGCCGCCUUGGCUGGUGCUGCUUGA